AUGUUUGACCCUCUGCAUGAAACCAAUAGCAUCUUCAAAAUGGAGGUUGCUGACUCCCCACUCCAAAAAGAAAAGGAACCAGCACAGACUCUCUCACUUCAGUUUGGAGAUAUUAGUUUUCAGAGGGAAGCUGUGAAAGGGGCUCCUUUGGCAAAUAGUCCUAAGCCAAUAGAAGCAGACCUCAUGGGAGCAGUAUUUCUCGAAAAAGAAGCCGUAACUGCUCUAUGUGGGAUUAGAGUCAUUUGGGUUGCACCAGCCAUGAGAAAGAAACGCAUAGCCAGCCAACUGUUGGAUGCUGCAAGGAUAAGUUUCUGCAAGGGUUUUGCACUGAAGACAUCUCAGCUGGCAUUCUCUGAUCCAACCUCUUCUGGAAAGGCAUUGGCAUCAAGAUACUGUGGCACGGCUGCCUUUUUAGCCUACAAAACUUUUAUUUGA